AGUUGCGCUCCUCUUCGUUUCUCUGCGUCUCCGUGAAGUGACACGGAAAAACGGAAAGGAGCAGGCUGCGUGGAGGGACGACUACGCACGGCAGCAGCGCACAUACGAUCAUGAAGUCUUUUCCCCUCCAGCACAAAAAAGUGCAGCGUCUGACGAUGCCGUACAUGCACGUCGGUACCUGCGAGAUCAUGAACCUCGCCACAAGCUACAACAUGGAUUCCUUUAACGUCUUCAAUCGCAAAAAUGUGACAUUUUACGACAAGCAACGCAACACCGCGUCGUCAAGCUCGGCGUCUGCAGGUGCGCUGGCACCAAGUUUUUUUGGCGAGAUGGUGGGCGGCGGCUUACUGGACAGUUACGCCGGCCGCGACGCGUCUACCUUCAUCAGCAACUACCUCUCCCGUGCGCUCAGCAUGCACACCGUCAUCCCGGCCGAGCUGCGCGCGCUGCGCAAGGAGGAUCCGGCAAACCCGUUGCUGGACCUCAUGAUGGCCGGCCUGCGGCGGCGCAGCGGCAUGGGCGUGGCGGACUUCACGAGCGUGAUGUCCGAGUGGGACUUCCAGCAGUACGCCAUGUACGCGGACUCAGCCUUCUUCAAUGCGUGCCACGUCCAUCGGCGUGCUUCGGACGCACAUCAAGAGGAGAAAGCGCACUUCACGAGUUCAGCCAGAAGGGACACACUAGAAGGGAGAGGAGGAGGAGACAACAGCGGUGAUCAAGAGCACGCGUCGAUUCCCGCCGAAGAGACGGGCUGCCGCGGCGUGUGGUUCAACGCCACAGUGGUGCCAAUGUCUGUGGAAGUGCAGCAACGCCGCGUCCUCGCCGAACAACGCCAGCAGCUGGCCCCUCCUCCACAGAAAACGUUGCUGUCCGCAGAGGCGGCAGAGGAACGACAGGUGCAGCUGCUUUUGGCACAAGCACCCUACUGCCUGGACGUGACGGUGGGGGCCGUGGGUAACUCGCGCGCCUUCGGGGUGGCGCGAAACCCUUUGACGGAGGGCAGUCGCAGUCUGCUGGACCCGUCGCGUGAACGCACCGUCCCACUCAGUGUCGACCACAACCCCCUGCGUACCGCCGAGUACCGUCGCAUCAUUCAAGCCGGCGGUCAAGUCGACUCCGCGGUCGGCGACGUCAUCGACGGCAACCCGUUUAUGAACGUGUCCCGCAGCUUUGGUCACUGGUCCAUGAAGAACAACGCACAGCGGUCGCCGGUGCAGCAGAAGAUGAUCGCGCUGCCCACCGUCAAGACGUGGCGAAUGUUGGAGGGAGAUGCGCUGGUGCUGUGCAACCACGCCGUAUUUGAGACGCGACACCAGGAGGACAGCAGCAUGGACGAGUUGGCGAAGCUUGUUGGGCGGGGUCUCUCCGCGGGGUUGCCGGUGGAGGCGAUGGCCGCCUCGCUGUGCGACUUCGCCGUCCGAUUCGGGUCGGAGCAUUCGUUGCAGGUGAUGGUGGCCGUGGCGACGAAGCCGGAGGACGGCGGUGCGGCAGCGAGCGGCCCGGAGUACCCCACGUUUGUGGAGUCGAUCGAACCCGGGCCGCUCUACGUCGGCGCCUGUCUGCAGUUCCCCGAGCUGCAGCACGCCCUGGAGCUAGACUGCGCUCGCUGCGGCGUGACCUUGGCGACGUUGAUCCGUGAGCGGUGGCGACGUGUGCGGGACCUGCUCCCGCUGCGGCACCGUCUAUCACUUCUCCCUUUUUACGGCAAAGAGUGCGGUGUGCUGCAGCAGGUCAUGGAGGAAGAGGCGAGCUUCUUUGCGGAGGACGCGCUGCAAAAGGCGACCGAUCCGAUGGACCCGCAGCUGGAUGACGUCUUUCGGACAUUAGCGAAGCGACUCAAGACCAGAGUGAAGCGAGGUGGAGUCGCACAGAACUGA